UACCGUCUCUUCCCAGAGGGGAAGGUCUGAGGGGUCCUUAGCCACAUAAAGCGGCGAACGCGCCUUGCUUAGUGAAGAAGGAGCUCUGCGUCAAUCAGAAGCUGCCUUUCUCUCAUAGGAAUGACUUCCCAGACCCAUGGCUUGGCGGUCUCCUGGUGUGUCCUGUCCGUGUCCUUUCAUGGCCUUCCCGUCACGGGAGAGGGCUUGGCGCCGGGACAGAGGGGUCCGCCCCGGAGGCCGUUCAGGGGCUGCUUCUCCUCUUGUUGAAUGUUCUGAGGGAUCCCUUGGUCUCCUCCCAGCUGUCCACAGGAGAGAUGGACCCACGUCCCAUGGGUUCUCUGAGCUCCUCUCAGGCUCCGGGGAUCCGCAGCUGCUGGUGACUGUGGCCAGCCCUCCGUCCAGCCUUGAGACCUUUCUCCUUGGUUCCGGAGGGAGAGGCCGCCCUGCUCUUCCGAGGGAGACCGGGCUCUUGGCCAGAGGCCCCCCAUGCAGCCUGCCUGUCUGUCCUUCGGGCGGCCUGAAGCUUCAGCCUCUACAAAUGGGGGGGGGGGGGUGCGUUCCACUCGGGGUGAUACAGGGUUUGCCACUCCCUUUCUAUUUUCCCUGGCGGAAUAGAGGAAGCCACCAUCCCUGGUUCUGGGUCAAAGGUGAAUCUUUUUUUUUUUUUUUUGCGGCAUCCAGGUCCCUCAGGCCACUCACCAGCCCCACCAAUCAAGAGGCGCCUGGGAGUCACAAAGCCUCUGCACCGAGGAGCAACCAAAACAGGAACCCCCCCAAGAGGAGGUAUAAGGUAAGGCAGCAUCUUUUCGCCCUGAGGGGCUUCCCCAACCCAUGAGGAGAAACUCUGCGAUUCUAGGAUUCAAUAUGGCACCAUUUGGUCAGACACUUGUCAAAACAGUAAACAGAAAAUGUCCAUCUAACAAAAUAGAAUUAAAACAAAAUGACAUUUCCGACUCCUACAUCUAAGGCCACUGUCUCCAAAAAAAUUUAUUGCCUGUUGGUGUGACUUUCCUGAGCCAGUGACUUUUGCAUCUCUCAGGAAUGUAAUGGACUGUUUAAUGCUGCCGUUUGGUGGUAUUUGUGGCAAACCCUUCUUAUUGAUCUCUUAUAAGAGGACUAUUUAUUUAAUCAAACUCUUCUUAAUGCAAUUGCUAUUUAUGAAUAAGAUUAAAUCAGGCUAAAUGAGGCUCCUUGUGUCUCUUCAAGAGUCCCCUCGGGUGAGAAGGG